AACGUAGUCUUGUAAUUAAUCCUUCGGCUAUACCUGGUCAACCCACUGGUCCAACCUCAAGUAUUAUGUCAUUUAAUCCACCAAUAAGUAUACGAACUCUUGUAGGCCAUUGUACUUCUCCGGCAUAUUCACUUAGAGAUCAUGCUGGUCAACGUGGAAUUUAUUUUAUUUUUCAAGACUUAUCUGUAAGAACUGAAGGCAUUUAUACACUGAAAUUUUCGUUAUGUGACAUUAAGGGAUUACUAUCUCCAGUAUACGAUGAAUUCUCGACGGUUCGUGGAAGUGUAUUGGCUGAAGUAUAUAGUGCUCCUUUUAGGGUAUAUUCUGCAAAGAAAUUUCCGGGUAUGACAGGUAUGAAAAUUACAAAGACAAAGGAUGCUUAUUGCAUUUCCGGUUUUGAACCAGUUGUAAAAAAAAUAAAAAAAAUUUUUCCGAUAAAUAAUUUUUAUGCAAAUAAUUUUUAUGCUAUACAAAUUUUUAUGCAAAUGCUUAAUUUUAAUUAUCUUGUAUUAGAAUCGACUGCGCUUUCUAAAGCUUUCGCUACUCAGGGAAUUAAAAUUACAAUUCGUAAAGAUUUUCGUUAUCAGAAAACCAAUAAUGAUGAAUUACAAGAUGGUGAUUUAUUAUUACAUGAUGAAUUACUAAACCAAACAAACGUUACACCCGACGAUCAUAAGGAUGACUCGGACGAACCUUCCGAUACCGAUUCGCUUCAGGAAAUAAUAAAACAAGAACAAUAA